CACACACAACACUUGUAGUAACAAACAGCAAGCAGAGGCCUCACACACACAGGCCUCACACACACAGAAAAUAACCAAACACACUCCUAACGCAGACCAGGAGAACACACAGGAUAAACAGAUACCUCAGAACCAGAACCCACACACAGAGCGGACUCAGAACCAGAACCCACACACAGAGCGGACUCAGAACCAGAACCCACACACAGAGCGGACUCAGAACCAGAACCCACACACAGAGCGGACUCAGAACCAGAACACACACACAUCGCGGACUCAGAACCAAGACCCACACACAGAGCGGACUCAAAACCAGGAGGGGAGCCUGGAGAGCACAGGCGCACCAACCCACAUACACAGAGAGAGGUUUGAGGAGCUCUAUGUGAAAGGAGAACUGAUUGGACACGGAGGCUAUGGGAGUGUCUAUGCCGGGUUCAGGAAGACAGACAGCCAACCGGUGGCGCUGAAGUUUGUGGACCAGAGGAAGAUAAAGAUGUGGGCUAAAAUGUCGGAGAGUAAAGAUGUGUUGCCAUUGGAGAUCGCUUUGCUGCAGCAGGUGUGUCGCUUGCCCAGGAGUAGAGGCGUGGCCCAACUCCUUGACUACUAUUGGAUGCCAGGGUCAGAGGGGGCAGGCAUAUAUCUUCUGGUUCUAGAGCGUCCAAUCCCCUGCUUGGAUCUCUUUAAUUAUAUGCAGGAGGGGAGUGGCUACUUGGAGGAGGGGAUGGCACGUCAUGUGAUGCAGCAGGUGGUGUCUGCUCUGCUCCACUGCCACUCCAGGGGCGUGGUCCACAGAGACCUGAAACCUGAGAACAUCCUGGUCCAACUGACCAAUCACAACGUCCUGCUGCUCGACUUCGGCUCCGCCUCAGUACUCAAGGAGGGAGAAUACACCGAUGUGGCAGGUACACCUGAGUAUCUUCCUCCAGAGACAGUACUGAGAGGGGAGUACUUUGCUGUUCCGGCCACCGUGUGGUCGCUAGGAAUACUGCUUUUCCAGAUGGUGUGGGGUGAUGUUCCUUUCUACAGUGACGCAAGCAUCGUCAAAGCAACCCUCUACUUUCCACGUGGAAUAUCCAGAGAUUGCCGUCACCUGAUUCGCCGGUGCCUCGCUGUCAGUCCAGACGACCGGCCAACCCUGGAGCAGAUACAGCAGCAUCCCUGGAUGCGAUAGAAUAGACUAUAUUUCAUCUAUAAAUGUUCUAAAUAAACAUGGUCAGCAUUCCUAUUCAUGUCAUCCCUGACUGAUAGUAGAUAAAACGUUAUAGCAAGGGGAUUCAAAUAUUACCCUACGCGGUUCAGAUUACUGCUGUUUUUUUUACCUGAUAAUGAAUUACACACAGCUGGUGUCACAGGUUAAAAGCAGGGGUAAAAUGGGAAAAGAAAUCAGUGGAACUGGUUUAGAGGUCCAGAGUUGAAUUUGAGGGGUAUAUGGUAUUGAUGAAUAGGGGAGUUCGUUAUUUAUCGUCUUUUUGAGGCAUCAGAGUCCACCCAGCGCUAUUUUUACAGGAACCUCACACUGCGCACGGCUCGCACGCGCUGAAGGUUGAACGGAGCUUUACACGAGAGAGGACCCACAAAACCUCGGCCCCUGGUAUUCAAGACUGAACCCUGAAACACCUCGGCCCCUGGUAUUCAAGACUGAACCCUGAAACACCUCGGCCCCUGGUAUUCAAGACUGAACCCUGAAACACCUCGGCCCCUGGUAUUCAAGACUGAACCCUGAAACACCUCGGCCCCUGGUAUUCAAGACUGAACCCUGAAACACCUCGGCCCCUGGUAUUCAAGACUGAACCCUGAAACACCUCGGCCCCUGGUAUUCAAGACUGAACCCUGAAACACCUCGGCCCCUGGUAUUCAAGACUGAACCCUGAUACACCUCGGCCCCUGGUAUUCAAGACUGAACCCUGAUACACCUCGGCCCCUGGUAUUCAAGACUGAACCCUGAAACACCUCGGCCCCUGGUAUUCAAGACUGAACCCUGAAACACCUCGGCCCCUGGUAUUCAAGACUGAACCCUGAAACACCUCGGCCCCUGGUAUUCAAGACUGAACCCUGAAACACCUCGGCCCCUGGUAUUCAAGACUGAACCCUGAAACACCUCGGCCCCUGGUAUUCAAGACUGAACCCUGAAACACCUCGGCCCCUGGUAUUCAAGACUGAACCCUGAAACACCUCGGCCCCUGGUAUUCAAGACUGAACCCUGAAACACCUCGGCCCCUGGUAUUCAAGACUGAACCCUGAAACACCUCGGCCCCUGGUAUUCAAGACUGAACCCUGAAACACCUCGGCCCCUGGUAUUCAAGACUGAACCCUGAAACACCUCGGCCCCUGGUAUUCAAGACUGAACCCUGAAACACCUCGGCCCCUGGUAUUCAAGACUGAACCCUGAAACACCUCGGCCCCUGGUAUUCAAGACUGAACCCUGAAACACCUCGGCCCCUGGUAUUCAAGACUGAACCCUGAAACACCUCGGCCCCUGGUAUUCAAGACUGAACCCUGAAACACCUCGGCCCCUGGUAUUCAAGACUGAACCCUGAAACACCUCGGCCCCUGGUAUUCAAGACUGAACCCUGAAACACCUCGGCCCCUGGUAUUCAAGACUGAACCCUGAAACACCUCGGCCCCUGGUAUUCAAGACUGAACCCUGAAACACCUCGGCCCCUGGUAUUCAAGACUGAACCCUGAAACACCUCGGCCCCUGGUAUUCAAGACUGAACCCUGAAACACCUCGGCCCCUGGUAUUCAAGACUGAACCCUGAAACACCUCGGCCCCUGGUAUUCAAGACUGAACCCUGAAACACCUCGGCCCCUGGUAUUCAAGACUGAACCCUGAAACACCUCGGCCCCUGGUAUUCAAGACUGAACCCUGAAACACCUCGGCCCCUGGUAUUCAAGACUGAACCC